UAUCUCAGGAGCUUCUGUUAAACGCCACAAAGUUGUAUAACUACUAUGAAAUGAUAUAUCUGGAUCUGGAUCUGGAGUCGAUUGAGUGCUAUUUAGGCUAAUGUUUUUUAUUUGAUUUUUUAUUUAUUUAUGUAUUUAUUCAUUUAUUUUUCACAAUCGCAUCUGUUGGAGUAUUUUAGUAGCCUGCACGCCUACCUUUAAAUCGUGCGCAAUAGUUUUUCGCAAUGUAAAUUGCAAUUUACAUCGUUAAUAUACCGCUUAUUGUAUUAGAAAUAAAUAGAAACCAUUUAUCAAUUAGUAUUGACGCGUUUUAAAACUUGAAAGCAAUCACUUGGUUUAUGCUGAAAGUUUUAUUAGGUCAAAUUUCGCUCGGCUGCCCCACAACCUGCUGGUUGACUUAAUUUUACAAGGAUUCAACUACUCUCGCGAGGAUUCGCUAUGGGAUUUUGCGAGCCAUGGCAUAUCAAAACAAAAAUGAUCAUGGUUUCGUUACAGUUUACGAUGGAACAAGUUCUGCAAAGGAGGUGCACCAAGAAUAUGCCGGUAUCCAGACUCGAAUUUUUAAAAUUAUUGUGAUAGGGGAUUCUAAUGUCGGGAAAACCUGUUUAAGUUAUAGAUUUUGCGGGGGCCGUUUUCUUAAAAACCCCGAAGCAACAAUCGGAGUGGAUUUCAGAGAAAGGACUGUGGACAUUGAUGGCGAAAACAUCAAGCUGCAGAUAUGGGACACAGCAGGCCAGGAGCGCUUCCGCAAAAGCAUGGUGGAGCACUAUUACCGCAACGUCCACGCCAUCAUCUUCGUGUACGACGUCACCAAGCUCUCGUCCUUCGAGAGCCUGCCGGAGUGGAUCGAGGAAUGCGGCCGCCACUCCGUGCCGCCCAUGGUGCCCCGGAUCCUGGUGGGCAACAAGUGCGACCUGAAGGGCAAAGGGGAGGUGCCCACCUCGCUGGCCCAGCGCCUGGCCGACGGUUACAACUUCCCUCUCUUCGAGACGUCAGCCAAGGACCCUGCGGAGAAGGAGCACGUGGAUGCCAUUUUCCUGACGCUGGCCUACAAAUUGAAGAAUCACAAACCGCUCAGGCUGAGACAGCUCGUCGAAAGCAGGCCAGUGCCUCUCUCUGAAGAGCAGGAGCUUCAGAGGACCUGCCUGUGCUGACACUGCGCUCGCAGCUUUUCAAAGAAAUAAAAAAAGGACGUUUUUUUAAAUCAGGCCAGUGCUUCGCACUGUAGCCUAGCUUGGCUAUAGGCCCCUUUUCCCUCUUGUGUUGAGGCUUUGCAGUUAACUCUAGCUGGCGAGAGUUUGAUUAUGUUUAGAUCACCCAAAUCAAUGGGUGACAGUUCUAAGAAAGCUGUACUAGAGGUCUAGACAUUUCAUACCAUUGUGGCUGCAAAGUGAAUCGUAUAGAAUCCUGCUGCCUGGUUACAUCCUAGUCAUGGGACACACAAGUUUUUGAGAGCGGGUUGUCCUUUGUCCAAUGUGUGUUUGGGACCUUGUCAUUUCCCACAAUCCUUUAUUCCCAUCGUAUCAUACGUUAGCGCAGUAUGUCAUUCCACAUAUACAGCUCAACGAUGCAGUGGGGAAAAUGAUGUUGAAAAAAGAUGUUUCUCUGUUAGUCCUUUUCUAGAUGUGACUUAAAAUGUUGGAUUUGAAUGUAGCAGUCUUAAAAGACUUUUUAAAAGAGUCAGAUUUUCAAGAGAAAUGCCUUUGUAGCAAUCUACAUUGCCAUGAUUUCCAGUAUUUAUGAUUUUAUACGUUUAAAUUUUAUUUAUUUUUUAAGCACUUCUUGUUUUUUUCUGAUAUUUUACAAGUAAUUGAGGUAUCCAAUUAGGAUUCCUCAAGCAAUGAAAGGGAUUUGUAGCAGAAUAUUUCAUAGUGAAUAUUGUCUUAGCAUGGUUUCCAUACAAUCCAGUAAUAAACGUGCAAUAUAUUAUGAUGCUAACUAGUCUGAAAAUGGUUAGAACAUAUGAUAUUUCUUCAUUUUUCAGAGAAGGACAUGCAUGUGUAAAUCAAGGACAAGGGAACAUGUAAAUCAUGAACAUAUUUACCACAAUCAUAGAUAUCAGUAGAAACUGAGUUGAUGAAAGCAAAGUGAAUUGUUUUUAAAACAGCUCCCUCAAUGCCAAAUUAUUAAUCAUUGGGCACAAUAAGUGUAAGUUGAUUAAUAUCCGUCUUAGUAUUUAAAAAUUUCAUUAAAAUUCUUGAGUCUGUACUAAAGAUAAAAUAACGUUGGGACGUAUUUUGAAUUUGAAUCCGGGAUAAUGAUACUACAGACAAAAUACUGUACCUCAAAUAUCAAUGGGAAUUAUAUUCAGAAUCGAUGCCAUCAUUUGCAAUAAAAUGGGCCUAAAUGAUUCUCUGGAUCAAAAAUGUAAAAAAGGAAGUUUUCUUGAAGUCUGUACAAUAAUGAAGUUGAUUGUACCAAUCUUUUGUAUUCAACAGUACAAUGUUUGCAUAUUUAUUAGUAUGCGUUGCAUAUUUUUUACACUAGAUAAUGUCAUGGGAAGAUUUUGCUUGAAGGAAGGGGAAUAAAUGCAUAAAAGCAUUAUACUGAA